GGUUGAUACGAGGAGACACUCUAAACUCAAACAAAUACAUAUAUUGUCGGCAUUAGCUCUUACCCUUUUCACCCAUGAUGACGAAGUGCCAGAAGCGCGCGAGCAUCCAAGGACUUUGGCUCCUUUCCAUGGUUCUUCUAGCGUCGUCCUCUCUUGUCUGUGCAAGCAUGGCGGUAGAUGCGCGUGUAACUCGAUUGACCAUAUUGCUAGGGCAAACCAAAGAGGACAUCAACGCAACGAGUGUGACGAGCAUGAACAUGACGAGGUCGUCGUCGGCGAGCUACAACAUGACUGGCGGCGGCGGAGAACUUAACAGAGGGCAAACCAAAGAUGACAUCAACACUGGAAGCACGAUGAUUACCACAAUGAGGGCAACAAGCAACAUAAUUGGCAAUGAUGGUGCAUCUUCUAACCGACUAUCCUCUGAUCAUGAUUGGGUUAUUGGAUGGUACUACUGCAAAAGGACUAAUACAUACUAUAGGCGCUUGGCUGAAUGCUUGGUGCGUUGCCUUCGACCAUGCACUAAGGUGGAAAGGACUGCUUAGAGGUCACACUUUCUCAGCUUGUAGCCAAGUGCCCUUAAAACUAAACUCUCGGUGCACUCCGCUAGACAUUAUGAAGGUGUUCUGCCGUAUCUUGCAUGUACCAAAAAAUAAACUAUAAUUUGAAUUAUUUAUGAUUAA